CAGUCGCCCCCUUCCUUCGGCCGGCUCGGGCCUCUCUACCCGCCAGCGCCAUCUUGAGAGGACAAGCGGGGACGGGGGGGCCUUGUUGUCCGCCGCGGAUCCCCGAGGCUCGGGAUCUCCCUUGCGCGCGGACUCGACCCGCGGGUCGGUGCCGUGACUGGACCUGGACGGGCGGCGCUGAGGAGAACGAGCCGCCGCCAUGGAGGACGAAAUGCCCAAGACCCUGUAUGUGGGAAAUCUAUCAAGAGAUGUUACUGAAGCUCUAAUCCUCCAGCUGUUCAGCCAGAUUGGACCAUGCAAAAACUGCAAAAUGAUAAUGGAUACGGCUGGAAAUGAUCCAUAUUGUUUUGUGGAGUUCUAUGAGCAUCGUCAUGCAGCUGCAGCUUUAGCUGCUAUGAAUGGACGGAAGAUAAUGGGUAAGGAAGUCAAAGUGAACUGGGCAACAACCCCCAGCAGCCAGAAGAAAGAUACCAGCAGUAGUACCGUUGUCAACACACUGCGUUCACAAGACCACUUCCACGUCUUUGUUGGAGACCUCAGCCCAGAAAUUACAACUGAAGAUAUUAAAGCAGCUUUUGCCCCAUUUGGAAGAAUAUCGGAUGCACGAGUUGUUAAAGACAUGGCAACAGGAAAAUCUAAAGGAUAUGGCUUUGUUUCUUUCUUCAAUAAAUGGGAUGCCGAAAACGCUAUUCAGCAGAUGGGUGGACAGUGGCUUGGUGGAAGACAAAUAAGGACUAACUGGGCAACACGCAAACCUCCAGCUCCAAAGAAUACAUAUGAGUCAAAUGCCAAACAGCUUUCCUACGAUGAUGUUGUAAAUCAGUCCAGUCCAAGCAAUUGCACGGUGUACUGUGGUGGUGUUACUUCAGGGCUAACAGAGCAACUGAUGCGCCAGACGUUUUCUCCGUUCGGACAGAUAAUGGAAAUUAGGGUCUUCCCAGAUAAAGGGUACUCUUUUGUGCGGUUCAAUUCCCAUGAAAGUGCUGCUCAUGCAAUUGUUUCAGUCAAUGGCACAACCAUAGAAGGGCAUGUUGUGAAAUGUUAUUGGGGAAAAGAAACACCAGAUAUGAUUAAUCCAAUCCAGCAGCAAAAUCAAGUGGGAUAUCCACCCCCUUAUGGGCAGUGGGGCCAAUGGUAUGGAAAUGCGCAACAGAUUGGUCAGUACAUGCCUAAUGGAUGGCAAGUCCCUGCAUACGGAAUGUAUGGACAAGCAUGGAAUCAGGGAUUUAGUCAGACACAGUCUUCUGCAGCAUGGAUGGGUGCAAGCUAUGGCGUACCACCACCUCCACCACCCCCUCCACCCCCUCCCCAAGGACAGAAUGGAAGUGUUUUAACUAGUCAAACUGGAUAUCGGAUGGCAGGUUUUGAAACGCAGUGAAAGAGACUGACUCCGUAAUAGAAACAACUGGUGGCUCUGAGGCUAUAUGGAGCAUUGUAAAUCCUUUGUUUACUUUAAAAAAAUCUAUCCAAUCAAGUCAGUGCAAAUGUCCGAAACAGUAUUUAUUUUUAAUCAUGAAACUUUUGUCCACAUUUUUUUAAAAACACACACACAACCGGAAAUACUAGAUGCUGGAUAUCUGCCAACUUUUGCCUUCUUUUCCUCUUUUGAGAUGUGUUUCUUAAGAUCCUUGUUUGAAACACAACUAAUGCAGGGAUUUCUGCCUCUUUUAGAUUGGGGCAGAAAAUUGCACAAUAUCAAACUUUUUUUUCCACUGAAGUAGCGUGCAGUUCUAGUUUUCAUUCCUAGUAUGAUUUAAAAAUGUGUAUAUGAAAGCAGUUAAUACAAAAACCCACGCCAAAACUGUGUGAAUUCUGAAGAUUUAUUGUGAUCUUCAGCUUGUGCACAAUUCUGUUUUAAAGAGAGCCUAUUGUAUAAAGUGUCCAUCUCCUCACUUUUGUUAUACUGGGGUUCAAAUAUAACUUAUUGGUUUACAUUAUUUUGUAUCUAGACAUUUUUCAAAAAGUGGUUUUUUGCCUUACUGUCAGCUAUUAAAUUAUUAAAUGGGGGUGGGGGCAGGGAAUUGAUCAACAAAGUUAGUUGAGCAGGACGCUCUGAUGGAUCCAAUUCUUCAUGUUGUUAACUGUUUCGUUGUUAAACUUGAGAAGGUGCCUGGGAAAUCCCUGUUGGAUUUGCUUCAAGAUCUUUUAUCUUCAUUGAUGAAUUUCAGCCCAGUUUCAAAUACUGCUAAAAAUGUGACAUUCUUAUGAACCAGCUUUUUAAAAAAAUUGUCAGUUUUUACAUUUAACAUGUAUCCUUUCUCAUGUAAACUAUUUUAGCAAAUUAAUAUUUUUCACAAAAGUUGUUCAACUUUUGUAUGUCUCCUUCUUUGAAAGGGUAAAAAGGCAGAGCUCUUUGUGUGACUUAUGAGUACAGUUGAAAACUUUGGUUCUUGCAUGUGAAUAUCAGAUACAUUUAGUUUUUGAAUACACAGGCCUCUUUUCAGAGACAUGUAGAGAAGUCAUCAGUCUUAUUGUUAGCAGUUUUUUUCUCACAUGGAGUAAGUUUGACUUCAUUUCAGCAUAUACAAGGAGAGCUGUGGAAUCUUUUAGCAUUGUGUAAAUCAGACCAGAGUACAAGAAAUGCUCCAGUGAAGUCUGAAGGACCAGCCAGAUAAAUCAUUUUGAACUGUUAGAGGUCCAAAAACUGCCCAGAUUUAUCCUACCUCUUUUAGCCUUCAGAGUGCAACUCUCCUCCCCCCCCCCCCAAGAAAACCAGCCACCCAACAACAAAAAGAAAACCCGUAGUUCAAUAUUUGUUUAUAUUAAUUUUGGAGUACUGGCUAUUUUUGUUCUGCCUCUGUUGCACUGAAGCAACUUAUAAAAGCCUGAGUGUUUUUUGUGGAAAGAAGUAAUACUAAGACAAAGUGGGGGUUGACUUGGUGGCUGUUCUGCUUGUCUUGAUUUCAACCCCCUUGUUUGUCUUUGAGAAAUUUAUUCAUGAAAGAGGAAUUUUGAGAAGGUGUUCUGAGAGUAUACAAGGUUUUUUUUUAUUAUUUUGUAGUGGGUGGUGGAGAACAAGCGAGAAAGUGCAGCCUAGAAUGAAUGUAGAGAAAGUUUGUAAUCCAUGACUGUAUUCACAACUGGCAUUUAACAAAGAGCGAGAAGGGCCAGAAACGGCAUGACUAUCUACAGAGUAAUUCAGUACAGCUCUGCUUAAAAUUUACAGCUCUGUAAAGAGCUGAACACAAAUCUGUCAGAAAAUAAACUAACCUUGUAGACAAGACUGACCCCCAAUUCAAAACAAAGUAUAUUGAAGAGACACGUUUAACUCUGUAGUGAUGCCUGUUCAGAUUUGCAUAAAUUUGUGGUUAUCACCUCUGCCUGGACAAUUCUUUCAAAAGAGGACAUUUUAGUAGAUCUGAGGUGAGUUUGAUGCAUUGGAAUUUUCUGUAUUUGUGUGUUUUCAGCAAUAGAACUGCCCAGAUUUGGUCUACUUAAAUAAAAUUCCUGUCACUAACAUGGAUUUAAGACACUUUUGCCCGGUUCUUAAAAAAAAAUAAGGGGGAAAGCUUCUUGUAUCUUGUCAGUGCUGGUUUUUCUCUAUUUUGAACACAUAGGAAGAAAUUUAAGACAGGUUCUCUUGUUAGCCACAAUCAGACCUGUAAUGCAUCUCAAAAGAAUGAAUCAUUCAAAGCGGUAAAAUAGUGAUCUUAAAAAUAAAGUUCUAAAGUGUUCUCAAUUACAUUUCAAAAUUCUACUAAGAAUGAACUGAGGCCCUCAAAGAAUAGGUGUACUGCUUAGCUGGUAUUCUGUACAUAAGACAGAGGCUGAAUCUUGCCAGAUGUAAUUCCAAAGUUCUUUUCUGUCUGCUGUAACCAGUUUAUAGUAACCUGAAGGCAAAUAAGUUGACAGUGGUUUGAGUCCAUUUCUUCCUCACACAAUCACCCUUGGUUCAAGCAUGUGUACAUGUGCCUGUGUGUUUACAAAGCGAGUUUUCUUGAUGUGAAACUCAUAAAUGGAACGGUACCCCAUAUAGAUAGUGAAGGAAAAUGAAGCAAUCUGGGGGGUUUAGUAGAGCCCAUUUUUAUGUUUGUAUGAACAUUAAACGCCUCAUUUGAAUUAAUGUAUUUUGAUACUUUGUGUUUAGAAGUUCGAGUUCUUUACUACAGAAGCUGUGACUUUUGAAAGCCAUUGAGGGUGUAAAUAAAAGAUGUGAGCUUGCA